AAAUCCAAAUCCGAGCACCAGCCAGACCAGCCUCCAGCUUAUUUCGUUUUCCCCUCCACCUCGGCGCGCCCUCCCCCCAGAUCCAGCCCCUAGGGUUUGCCCCCGCCGCCGCCGCCAUGGAUCCCGACGGGGACGGCUCCUUCCACCGGAAGGAGGCCAUCUCCGCCGUGCAGGACGUCGACCAGUACUACGGCGACGACGACGACUACGACGACCUCUACAACGACGUCAACGUCGGGGACGGCUUCCUCCACGCCUCCCAGCCCCCCGUCCAGCCCCCGCCGCCUGCGCUGCCCCCCAAGCAGCACCAGCUCCCCCCGCAGCAGGCGCCCCCGCCGCAGCAGCAGCAGCAGGUUCUGCCUACCCCUUCGCUCCCGCUUCCCCCGCCGCCGCCUCCGAUGGGGCACCCGGAGAAGGUCCACAUCCCGGGGGUCGCGUCCGUCCCUGCCCCCAUCCAAGACCGCCCCAACCCGUCCCAUCUCCCGCCGCCGCCUCAGCCUCCCGUCGCCGCGGCACCGCCGCCGCCUCCCCACCACCAGAUCCAGUCGGGAGGAGACGGGUUCCACCGGCAGGGAGGGGGCAACUUCGGGGGAGGACCGAUAGUUGUUGGCAACGGCGGGGGUGGCGACGGCCCUGGCGCUACCACGCUCUUCGUUGGGGACCUCCACUGGUGGACGACGGACGCGGAUCUGGAGGCGGAGCUCGUCAAGUACGGCCAUGUCAAGGAAGUCAGGUUCUUUGAUGAGAAGGCGAGCGGGAAAUCCAAGGGAUAUUGCCAGGUCGAUUUCUUUGACCCUGGCGCUGCUGCUGCCUGCAAGGAGGGCAUGAACGGCCACCCGUUCAAUGGCCGUCCCUGUGUCGUGGCCUUUGCUUCGCCUAACACUGUACGCCGCAUGGGUGAAGCUCAGAUGAAGAACCACCAACCGAUGGGUCAGCAGAAUUCAGGUAUGCAGAAGAGUGGUGGCAGAGGUGGUGGUGGUCCACCUGGAGGCCCGCCUGGGCCUCAGGUUGGAGGAAACUAUGGUGGCCGGGGAGGCGGAGGAGCUGGUGGUGGCGGCGGUGGUGGAGGAGGAGGCGGGGCAGGUGGUGGGAAUUGGGGCAGAGGUCCAGGUGGUGGUGGGAUGGGGGGUAGAGGUCCUGGUGGGAAUAUGAGGAAUCGGAUGGGUCCGGUGGGUGGCCGAGGGAUCAUGGGGAACGGAGGGAUGGUGGCUCCGCCGCCACCAAUGAUGCAUCCCGGAGGGAUGAUGGGGCAGGGAUUUGAUCCCACUGGCUAUGGUGCAGCCAUGGGAAGGAUGGGUGGAGGGUUUGGAGGGUUCCCUGGUGGACCUGGGGGUGCACCGUUCCCAGGCUUGAUGCAGCCAUUCCCACCUGUGGUUGCUCCUCAUGUGAACCCAGCAUUCUUUGGGAGAGGAGGUGGUAUGGGUGCCGGGGGUGUUGGAAUGUGGCCAGACCCAAGCAUGGGUGGUGGUUGGGGAGGUGAGGAACAAUCAAGCUAUGGGGAUGAUGCAGCAUCUGAUCAGCACUAUGGAGAAGGUGGAAGCCAUGGUAAAGAGAGGCCACCAGAGCGGGAAUGGUCAGGUGCACCAGAAAGGAGGCGGGAGAGGGAAAAGGAUUUGCCCCCACCGCCAGAAUUGCCGGAGAGAAGGCACCGUGAUGAAAGGGAUAUGGGUCGUGAGAGGGAAAGAGAGAGGGACAGAGGAGGAGAUAGGGAAAGGGAGAGGGACAGAGGAGAUAGGGAAAGGGAGAGGGAUAGAGGAGAUAGGGACAGACACAGGGAUGACAGAGAUCGCCAUGGUGAUUAUCACAGACACAGGGAGCGUGAUUCUGAUCGUACUGAAGACUGGGAUAGAGGAAGAUCAUCUGGGAGACGAAGCAGGUCAAGGGAGGUUGAUCACUCAAAGCGGCGACGAAUGUCGCACGAGUGAUGUUCCUGGAUGCCUAGUGUAGGGGCAGCGGCAAUCCGAGGUGGCAUAUUUUUGCACAUGCCAACUUUCAACCCUUCACUGCUUAUAACUGCUUGUGUCUCCAGGGAUCUGUUGUAGCAUUAACUGAGAUCCAUACAAGCAGUUCGAAUAAGUGCGAAGUCAUGAUUCCAGCUUCCUCGGAUACAAGAUAUGCUGCCGCCUGCCUGCCUACCCCUACCUGCCCCUACCUUAAAUAUAGUCGCCGAGUGGCAUAAUAUUGCCGGAAAAACCUGUCAAACGUGUUGUGAUUCCCCUAAAUACUCUUUUUGUUUACUUUAUUAUCAUGCGAGGAAAGAACACCGUGAGUGCGAGAAUGUACCAUUUACUAUGUAUUAGGAUGAUCGACUGGUCUGUAACCUUGUAUUAUGACUUUUGCCUUUCUUUUCUGAAUUAUCUCUGCUGCUGGUGGACAA